UGAAGGAAAGCUCUUAGUAAAACCAACAUCCGUCAUUUUGUGUGCGCAAGUUAUUGUAUUUCCUAGUAGUUGAUUGUAUUUUUCAGAUGCAGUUUAAACUCCAUUAUAGUUGAGACUGCGGAUGUGAGAAGACAGGCCAAGCACCAUGAAUAUGAUAAAAUCUCCUUUAUCUCGAGCAAUUUUAUUAAUCUUUUUUGCUUGCGAUGUCUACGCUACAGAAUUUGAUGUUGCUAAAAACUAUGAAGGAUGUUUUGCACUCGCAUCAACGUCGAGUUUUCAGUCAUCUCCCGAAACAUAUGAUCCUAACAAAGUCACACCUUAUCAGUGUGUGAAGAUGUGCUCUUCUGAGGGCAGAAAUAAGUUCGCUGCUAUCAUGACGGGCUCAAUAUGUCUUUGUGGAAAUGAUACUGUUAAAAACCUACCAUCACUAUGUUGUGAUCAGGCUGGUUUCAACCAUUCAUCAGGAAACUGUGUUGGCUUCGCGUCAGUGAAAGUUUUCAAUCUCAGCUCAUUACUUCGAAGCGAGCCUCAAAUCAACUUUCUCUCACAGCCAAUGAUCUUAAGCGAAUCUCUUCUUAGUGUAACUUCUUUAGAGGGUUCCAGUUAUCAAUACAAGUACGAACUAUCUUACGAAUCACCUCGACAAAAUAUUGCACCAGAAGAAGGCAAAUCGUUUGGAAAUAGCUACCCUUUCUACUUUACAACAUGGGGUGACGAUGUUGAAAUAGUUAUAAUUGUUCUCGGUAGAAUUACUCAAACAUUUAAAAAAUCAGAAAAUGUUGGUAGCUCCCUGCAAGUUGGAGAUAUAAACUGCCCAACUUAUGUACAAGCUGGUUUGUCUAUAAUAUGCCGUGGAAGCUUGAAUUUUGGUAAAGAAACGAACAUGACGUGGAUUCUAGAUAAUGUUGAUGAAUGGAUGGUUAUACCAGAUCCAGUAAGUUUGAACAUUGGAAGUCCCGUUCCACGUUGGAAGUUUAAUGAUACCAGCUCUUCUGAUCUUAAUCUUGGUCUUGUCGUUUCAUUGGCAACUUUAAGCUCUCAACCUGUAACUGUCCAUGCUUGGGAGAUGAACGUGAAAAAGCCCGGAGAACUAAAAAUUGUGGUACUGAGGCCAAUCUGCCCUAGUAAUAAAACCUAUUGUCCAUCGUCGAAAACAUGUUGCCCAAUCGACUACAAACUCUUGCAUCAACUAAAUGAAAACGAUGUAGUUUGUGGAAUGGCAAAUUUCCGUUUAGUUCAGGAGAACUGUUCAUUCAAUAGUGACCCAGUGCCAUUAUUCGAUCAAUACGCACUUGUUUUUAAUAUUUCGUUGUUUGUCACAGUCGGCUAUAACCUAAAAAAGUUAUCUAUUGAUGAAACGUUUGAGUAUCUACCUGGAGACAUCAUGGGUUUGUUAAAUUCACCAGGGGGCGCGACUAUUGCCGUGGAUUCUAGUCAUGGUGCGUAUAGCGUGUGGGAGAAUAUUGUCGCAUUGUCUGAUAAGUUUGUGAUCGAUAAUGCUAUGAAAAAAACGACAACUGGAAAUAUCCUCUUAUCUGGAAUUGCUUUAAGAAAGUCUGAGUUUACUGCAAGUAUCGCUCCUCAUGCUGUUCAAGGAUUAAAGAAUAUUGUAUUCACUUAUUCCACAAAAGGUGAUACCGUCAAGGUAUUGAAGUCAGUAUCUGUUUUGUAUUUAGUUGGGAAUGUUUCAUUUGUUACUGCGACUAACUCUUGCUUCAUUUACGGACCUUUAAAUGAAGAAUUCAUGGUUUCUUUGACCUUUCAAAACGGGACGAACGCUACAGUUUCGUGGCGUAUUAACAAUGUUACGACUAUGUCUUCCCCCUAUUUAAAAAUGGGUAAUCAGGAAGAAAUGACUGAUCAUCAAAAUUUUACGUUGACCAGCCUUGGCGAACAUUUGCUAGUUGUUGUUGUUGCGAAUAGAUUAAAUGGAAGGCUGUUGACUACAACAGUCAUCGUUCAAGAGAAAAUAAAAGGUGUAAACGCAGGCAAGCUCAUUCAAAACAGUACAAUUUAUCAAGGAUUUGAUACUCAAUUAUCAGUAAAGGUGAUGAGAGGAACAAAUGUUACAUACAAGUGGUAUUUUGGUGAUGGUAGUGAUGUUGUGACAUCCACUAACAACACCAUCACGCAUGCGUAUUUGAAAUCCGGGCGCAUAAACACGACAGUUGAAGCUUUGAAUAUGGUGUCAGCAGUGAACGCUACGAUUAACAUCAACGUUACAAACCCAGUCGAAGUCAUUACCCCAACACACAUCGAGAGCAACGUUUCAACUAAUAUCACGUGCAGUUUAAUGCCCGAGAACUCUCCACUGGUCUACGUAACAAUAUUGCAAAUUGACGAAGAGUAUUUAGCAUUCUCUAACUGUAGUACGAUUGAGAUCACCUUGACGCCAGGCUUGCAUCAUAUUCAUUGCCAUAUUGAAUUUGGUAUCGCAAUGCACGCUCGUAAAACUGUAUAUGUUAUAGAACGUAUUCAAGGAUUAUCAAUACUCGAUGUACCUCCCUUGAAAGUCAACUCGUCAUACAUGGUUAAAGCAAAUAUCAGUGCUGGUAGCAAUGUUACUUACUUAUGGCAAGUUUAUGAUGAGACGUACAGUAACUUUUUGAACAGUUCACAGUCUAUUGUGUUUUCCAAGCGUGGCAACGGAAGAGUAAAUCUAAAGCUUAAUGCAUCAAAUGUAUUAUCAAUGGUUAGUAUAGAGAUCGUAGUGAUAGUUCAAGAAAGCAUUGAAAAGUUGAGGAUCAAUGCAUCUCAAAACCCAGCCAAAGCAAAUUCGACGAUUUUCUUCGAAAUCAGCAAAGAUUCAGGAACUGAAGUGAAUUAUACAAUAAGCAUUACAAAAGCCAAAGUUUAUGUUUAUGAUAAAGAAUUAGGGCCUAAUCCUAAUUUCAGUUAUAUAUUUUCAAAAGAGGGCUGGUAUGAUGCAUUAGUUUCAUCUAAGAAUUUGAUCAGCACAUCAAACGCUACUUACUCCAUCGCUGUCCAAGAGCCGAUAAAGAGUAAUCCAAAAAUUAAAUGUCGUCAUAUUUUGCUUUCUGAUGCAACUUGUGUUGUACCUACAAAUGAACCUAUAUCGUUCACAGCUGAAAUAACUUAUGCGACAAAUGUUUCGUUUGAAUGGAAAUGGAAGGAAAAUGACGUUGACGUUGACAAAUCUCCAGAGAGCAACAAUGCAAGUGUCAUAUCAACUAAAGAAAAAACAUUUCAAACUGCGAGCAAGUUUUUGAUCUUUGUCACGGCCAAAAAUAACAUCAGCUCAAAAUAUAAUAGUCUCGCAGUUGAAUCGCUCCAUAAAAUUUCUGGUUUUAGUUUUUACAACAAUAACAUUACAACUAUAAACACUGAUGUCGAAAUCGUCACAACUAUGUCAAAAGGAUCCAACGUUUCGUAUGCUUAUACUUUUGGCGAUGGAAAUUCUACAAUAACCAAUUCCCCUGUCACGAAUCAUAGUUACUCAAACGUUGGCAAAUUCCUCAUCGAAUGCAAUGCAAGCAACUUGCUGAGCUCAGAAAUUUUCUCACGUUCCAUAGUUGUGCAAAAAAAGAUAACUGCUGUUGACAUUAACCCAAUCCGCCCGCAGAAAACAGGUCACAAAGUCGAAAUAAGAUGGAAUGUUACCGAUGGUAUUCAUCCUCUAAGUGAUGUAAAUUUUGAUGAUGGACAUACUGCAACUGUAAACCAUACAUACUGUGAUGAAUACAAUUUUGGGUAUCGCUGUCGCAUGAAAUAUACAUGGUCGAAGUUAGGUGAAUAUCAGUUGUUCAUUAAAAGCUAUAAUUUGGUUUCUAGUAAAAAUUCCAGAAUAACCGUUAUCAUACAAGAUGCUAUUCUUAACUUUUCCGUCGACAUAGAGAAUAAGACUACAUACUAUAUGAAUACGAAAAUUUCAGUCAAGUAUAGUACAAACAGUCGCAAAGAUGUGAAGUAUGAGAUAAAAUAUUACAACAAGAUUGAGAAGGAAGAAACUGACUUCAUUAAAUACACUAAAGAAGGCAGCUUCAUUCCACAGUUUCGAGCAAAAAAUCUCGUAAGCGAAACUGAAUGGGUAAAUGGCAGCAAUGUGGAAGUUAUUGUCGUUAAGAAACCCAGAGAACCUGAAAAAAUUGUAAAUUUGACAAUGUCAGUGAAGCCGACAAAGUUUGGAGAAGUGACAAAAUUCAAAUUUGACUAUCAGAAAGGAGCGUUAUUUUCUUGCAAAAUGAAUUACGGUGAUAAAACGACGAAGAGCAAAACAGAGUCUGAGGUAAAUGAAGGAAUUCUUAUGAAUACAAAGAAACUGGAGAUUUCGUUGGAGAUAGCAUGCAGUAAUAAAUAUAGCCAUGAAAAAGCAAUUGCCACAGCUUAUGUCCAUGCACCUAUUGAAGAAUUUAAAAUAAAUAAUUCCUUUAUUCGUGAAGAGUUUCAAAAAGAAAUUACCGUAUUUCUCGAAUGGCUCAACGGAUCUAAUUUAAAUGUAACCUACUCUACUAAACAUGACUAUAACGAUGACGAAGGUACUUUGGAUGUUAAAUUAAACUACACUUCACGUACAGGAAAGAUUACUUUGGGAAAGGAUUAUUUUCCUGAGCCUGGUUUGUACCUCCUCUCCGUAAACGCUUCUAAUCGCGUGUCUUCUUUGGAUGAACCGGUGACAGCAAUAAUUGAAAUUGUAGAAUCGAUAAAGGGUGUUGAAAUUUUGGUUAACGAGUUUGUCUCAGUAGGGUAUAAAUUUCGUGCGUAUAUUUUACGUGAGAAAGGUAGUGAUAUAAUUGUAACGUGGGACUUUGAUGAUGGCACGCCCAAACUCAUCUCGAAUUGUACUUGGAAAGAAUCUUGUUACAUGGAACAUGAGUACAAAGAAAGUGGGAAUUAUUUAAUAUCUGCUUUUCUUCAAAAUUCCAUAAGUAAAUAUUCGACAGAAAAAACGAUUAAUAUAUUAUAUCCUAUUCGAGGAUGGGAACUCGAACAAGUCGGAAUCGGCCGUGAAAAUGACCUGACGACAUUAAAAAUGUAUCGCAAUAACAGCUUUCAUUUUCCUACCAAUGCAACGUACUCCAUACGUUUUGACGAGAAGAAAAAGUUCAGUAAGGAAAAAACAUUAACAAAUGGAGACCUCGUGCAAAAUUCUACUUACAUGUCGAGUGGAUGCUUUCUUGCUGGAGUAAAGAUGAGAAACAAAGUCAGUAGUGUUUUUCUUGAAGCUAAAGUAAAAGUACGUGGACAAUAUUCAAAAGCUAGAAUAAACAUUGAAAGCUUAAAACCAGACAAUUUAAAGGCCUCUACCUCAUCUUUACCUCUUGAAUACCCUGUCAAAUUCAGCUCAAAUAUCAACAACGCUUGCCUCAAAUACAUCUGGACUGUUAUUGGCCCAAAAAUGACGUUAGCUCUGUUUUACUCAGUUUUUUUUGUCCAUACUUUCAACGAAGCUGGCAAAUAUCGUGUUAAAUUCCUUGCAUACGAUAGCGAUGACAAAAAUGAAAACGUUGCUGAUGAGAGUGAUUUUUCUCUUGAUUAUUCCGUUAGCGGACUGUAUUUUUCUGGUCAAGGAGUUGGCAAAGUGAAUAAAACUACCCAGUUUAUUUUACUUUGGGCAACCAAGGGAAAGGAUACAAGUUUUAAGAUUGACUAUGGGGAUGAGACAAAAGAAGAACUAGAUGUACACCAUCCGACGACCGUCUUUAAAAACUAUGUUGGCCAAAUUCCAUUUGAUCCUAAAGGUUUGAAUGGUAUAGUUUUUAAUCAUAACUUUACAAAAGAUGGGAAAUUUAAAGUGAAAUUGACUGUGGACGAUAGAAAAGACUCCCUUGUGACCUACAUGAUUAUUUCCAAAGAUCCAUGUCCUCCACCUACGAUAAAGAUACAUGGAGGACACCAGAAUGCGUUAAAAGCGCCAACAAUUCCUUUUGAAGUAGAGUACUUGAUAUCUUCUUCAAUUGAAACAACGAAAUGCAGUUCUGAUAUAAAAAUUGACUUCAAUUGGAGGAUCUUUAAGGCUGAUGAAUACCUUUUGAAUGCUACAGGCCUGUCUGUAAUCCCCCCAAAUGAAAACCUUGAGUUGAAGUACUCUGAAUAUCCAGCUACUCGCAAUCAACCUUCGUUUGUCAUCGCACGUAGAAGUUUAAAACCAAGUUUGUAUAUCUUUCAGUUGAACAUUGAAAUAAAUGCUUUAAAUACGAGCUCUCAACACCUUGUGUAUGUUAGAAUUAAAAGACCUCCUCUUAUCGUCUUUAUUGAUGGAGGAAGUGCGCGCUCUGUUCCGUGGAAUCGCAAAUUUAUUUUGGAUGCGUCAAAAUCAAAAGAUCCUGUGGGUGACAAUCCAAAACUUACUUUCCAUUGGUCUUGUAAAAUCAUCGGAGAUUCUGGGGAUGGUGGUUGCUUUGGGGGAGGUGAAAGACUUACUUAUAGGAAAGGAGAGAAAAUUACUGAGUUUCGUGAAAAAAUCUUGCUGGAAGGAAGACCUUACUUGUUUACAGUAACUGCUACUGACAACGGUUUAUCGCAAAAUUAUAGUCAAGAAAUUCAGGCAAUCAGUGGAAAACCUCCUUUGGUGAGAUUGAGCUGUAUCUCAAAUUGUGCAAGCAAAGUGAAUCCCGACGCUCGGCUUUCAAUCAAGUCAAUUUGUGAAGAAAACUGCGAGGGCUUAAAAUAUAACUGGAGUUUGGUCGCGUCUGGUGAAGUGCAAAAUAUCUGGCCAAACGAAACUUUGACGACCCAAAAUUCCGCAAAUCUGGUUGUAAAAACUAACGUUUUUUCACCCAAUAGAGUUUACAAGUUCAAAUUAAUGAUUGAAAACGAUCACGAUAAACAAGGGUUUGUGUGGUACAAAAUUGAAACCAAUGCAGCUCCGUAUGGUGGAAAUUGUACCUUUUUGCCGAAAGUUGGAAUCACCAUGAACACGUCUUUUUCUUUUGGUUGUGAAAAUUGGAAAGAUGAUGUUGUGAAUCCAAUUUUUAGUUACAAAGUUAUGUACUCGUUGUGGGGAGAAAAACAACAAUUCUUACUUUAUUAUGGACCUCAGAAAAACGUGACUGGUCUCAAAUUACCUGCUGGAAAAAUUAAAUUGACCAUAUAUGUUGAAGAUGCGUUCAAAGCGUUUGCUGUGACUGAACUCAAAGUCACCGUCAACUCACGUCCGCUAAGUCUGAAACAAUUUGAGAAUUUUACCAAUGAGAUCGAAAAAUUGAUAAAGUCUGGUGACAAACAGGCGGCUAAUCGUUUGGCAUUAGCUCUCGUGAAAGGACUUGAUUCCAAGAACUCGACAGAAAAGGGAGAAAAGAAGAGAAACCACCAGAUAAACAGGAUUGUAAACAAUAUUGCAGAUAAUCUUCCAGGUGAUCUCAACUCAAUGACGCAAAGCAUUGAGACUAUUGUUGUUGCUAUAGACUCUCAGAAAGAGUCUCCUCAGGAAACUCAGAAUCUUGUUUUGUCUGCACUCAAGAAGACAACUGAGGAAUUAUCAAAAGAAUCAGAUGAGGAUAUUGGCAGUAGUUUCAUUGAAGGUGUUUCAAAAAAUAUAUUGGAUGGAUUAGGAUAUAUUUUUGAAGCUUCGUCAUCAACUCAAUCUCGAGCAAUCCGUCUACAGAGCGACAACCAUACUACGAUAUCUUUUGAGGAAAUUAAGGAAACAGCUAAAAAAGCUACGGAAAAUGUACAGAAAUCGUUCUUAGCCUUUGAAAGUGUUGUGCAAUCUAUUUUUAAAAAGAAAGUAGCUGAUGAAGACGUGUUGCUAAUGGAAACAAAAAAGUUGGAAACUUCAUUGCAACGAGCCAGCAGUGAAAAAACGGAAGGAGCUACUGUGCAAUUCUCCAAUAAAAGCAGAGCAAAAAUUCAAUUCCCCGACAACUUAACGGAGCAUUUAAAUGGCUCCAAGGAAGUAAAUGUUAUUGGUCUCUUCCUGACUGACAAUCCGCAUCAAUCAUCAAAUUCAUCCAGUCAAGUUAAUUCCAACACUGUGUCGUUAGAACUAAAGGGUGAUAGUGGUACUAUUGCGAUCGAUAAUUUGCCUAACAAUUUCCGUAUCACUGUGCCAAGACCUAUCUCACAGAAAAUUAUAAAUAAGACGGCCGUCAACGUAUCUUCGACAAGGAUAGAUGACCUUACUGUUCAUGUUUUCAAUUCAACUUCUCCAAAUAAUGCAUUCUUCAUUGAAAUAAACAUCGUAGACAACUGUUCAAAAAUAAAAGAAAUUGGUUUGUACUUCAGAAAAAAUGGAAGACCAACUAUCGGAGAAUAUGACUUUAACGAAACGCAUUUUCUAAACUCAACCAAAUCUAUAGUUCGUUUUCUAAGCAAUGGAACAAUAGAUGGUCUGGAGUACUACGUUGGGAUAAAAGCUCAAGUGAAUGGUGAACCAAUUGUAAUGAACUAUACAUUUACACCUCGAGAACUUGGCUGUUAUUUUUACGACAAUAGAAGUGAAACUUGGUCAACAGAUGGCUGUACGCCAUCAAAUGAGUCAACCGAGUUCCUUGUUCAAUGUAUGUGCAAUCAUCUUACUUUUUUUGGCUCAAACUUCUUUGUGAAACCUAAUAAGUUGGAUAUUAGUAGUUCAAUUUUGAAAUUCGAACAACUUGCCAAGUAUCCGGCACUUCUCGCUACAAUUUGUGUCAUUGGUGGAUCUUAUCUUAUCGCGAUGAUUUGGGCGGUCAGAAGAGAUCGGAAGCAAUCCCACACAACAUCAGUUCAUUGUGCUGCCGAUAAUGACCUAUACGACAAUUACAAAUACGAGGUAACGCUGUUCACUGGAAGCAGACGUAACGCUGGUUCUACUGCUGAGCCUUCGAUCAUUAUGACUGGCGAUUACGGAAGCAGUGAGCCACGGUUACUUCAAAGAACAUCAUCUCUGUCAUUUUCGAGAACAGCCCAGGAUUCUUACUUAGUAACCACUCCUUAUUCACUUGGUGCACUACAACAUAUUCGUGUAUGGCACGACAACUCCGGCUCUGAUCCCUCAUGGUUUUUGUCUGAAGUGAUAAUUCGUGAUGUGGAAAGUGGGGAACAGUACUUUUUCUUAUGUAACAGUUGGUUGGCCUGCGAUCAAGGAAAUGGCUUGGUAGAAAAACUUGUUCCGGUUGCAAGCUCAGAUGAAUUAAAAGAUUUUCAAUAUCUUUUCAUGCAGAAUUCAACUCAAGGCUUCAGCGACGGCCACUUGUGGUUUUCGGUUCUCUUACGACCUGUUCAAAGUCGGUUUACGUACGCGCAACGAGUGACAUGCUGCCUUAGUAUCCUCAUGUGUACCAUGUUAACAAAUGCAAUGUUCUUUAGAGUACCUGUUGCUGCUGAGAACAACGUCAAGGUGGAUGCGGGACCUUUCCAGUUUACCUGGCAUGAUGUAAUGGUUGGAAUACAAUCUAGUUUGAUUGUGUUUCCCAUCAAUUUGCUUAUCGUUACAAUAUUUCGACGUGUUGCUAUGAGACCAACAAAAAGUUCAAAAUACGUCAGCAAUGACACCGCAUCGACAAAACCUGUAACUUCAUCAAAAAUGUUUAUAAGUUUGGGAAGCCUUGAAAAGACAAAAACUGAAUCGCAAGAUAAAAAAGACUCAAAUACUCCUAAACCAAAAACGCUCAUGCUUCCAUGGUGGUUCAUUUUUGUUGGUUGGUUCUUGGUCAUUAUCGUCUCUCUUACCGCUGCAUUCUUUACCAUGCUAUAUGGUCUGCAAUUUGAGAAAAAACAACAAGAAAAGUGGCUUCUGGCUUUGUUGAUCUCUGUUUCUCAAGAUGUCUUCGUCUCUCAGCCAAUAAAAAUAUUCGCAUUCGCAAUGUUUAUUGCAUUUGUGAUACGAAAGCCAAACAAUGUUGAUGUGAACGAAGAAAACGAUAUUUUGAUGAAAGAUGAUCAAUGGAUACAAGAAAGCUGGCAAAAGGCUAAUCCAGAAGGAGUUUUGAGAAGAAGAACGGAAAGGAAGCCACCAGAUGAGUUAAUAUUGAACAAGAUGCGAAUCCUCCGUCAAAAAGAAAGGAAAAUGUUCCAUGUUUGUCGUGAAGUUUUGCAAUUUUUCUUUUUUUGGUGGAUCGUGCUCAUGAUUGCAUAUGGCAAACGCGAUCCUUCAGCUUUUCAACUGUCUACAUCCAUAAAAAAAGCCUUUCUAGAUCUCGGAGAUGACAGCGAUCUUUUCAAUUUUCCAAGAGGAUCUGCAGCACACGAUAUUGCUUUGACAAAAAACAAGAGAGAUUUAUUUUUCUGGAUUCGCGAAGUAAUAAUUCCCGGACUGUUUCAUCACACGUGGUAUAAUAACAAAACUGAUAAAGAUCAAUUCUACAUAUCUGACGGUGUUGGAUAUCUCAUUGGGAAUCCCAGACUUCGAUUGCUGAGGGUAAAGAAUGAUACGUGUCGUCUAGCGAAUGAAGUGAAAGGACUGAUUAACGGUUGUGAAGCAGAAUAUUCGUUUUCAAAUGAAUAUCAAAAGAAAUUCAAUGAUAUAAACUGGAAAUCUUUCAACGACUCCGAUCCACCUGGUGAAAUGUGGCAUUACAAAUCUCAAAGAGAGCUGUAUGAAAGGCCAUAUUGGGCAAAACUUGCUAUAUAUCGUGGAGGAGGAUAUGUCUUGGAACUUAGCAAAAACAAACACGAAGCAAUUGAACAGAUCGAGAAAAUUAACAAGACUUGGUGGUUAGAUGGUAAUACACGAGCAGUUUUUGUUGAAUUUGCUAUGUUUUAUGCAGGAAUCAAUCUCCAUUGUAUCGCUACAAUCGUAUUUGAAUGUCCUGCGUCUGGCGGCUGUUCGACGUACUUUCAAAUACUACCAACCAGAUUGGAUGAGAUGAUUGGCAACUAUCGAAUAUUCGUCUUGGCAUGUGAAGUCGUCUUUAUUGUUGCCAUUGCUGUUUUCACGUACAGAGAGGUCAAGAAAAUAAUUAAGACUAGAGUGAAAUAUUUUCAUCAAUUUUGGAACUUGAUUGAGAUAAGUACAAUUGCUCUUGGUUGGACCUGCUUGGCAUUUUACAUUCUUCGUUUUAUCGCGAACAAGUGGACAAAGUCAAAAUUCAACAAAGAUCCAGAUAAUUUUGUGAGCUUUCGUUAUGUCGCGACCGCUGACGAGUUGUAUGGAGUGAUAGUCGCCUUGUUGGCGUUUCUCACUUCUAUAAAGUUCAUACACUUAUUCCGAUUCAAUCGACGCAUGUCGUUACUUGGCAGUACCUUGAGAUACGCUGUCUGGGAUAUGUUUAACUUUCUGGUUCUUUUUGCUGUCGCCUUCUUCGCUUGCGUUAGCGUUGCUUAUCUUCUCUUUCAUACAAACAUCGACAUGUUUUCAAGCAUCUUAAGCACGGCUGAAACACUUUUGAACAUCAUUCUCGGGAAAUUCAAGUACGUCAGUCUUUAUGAUGACACGUUUCUUGCCAGUGCAGUUAUUUUGUCUGUCUACUGCGUCGUUGUUGUAUUCAUACUCAUGAAUGUAUUCCUUGUUAUACUGAACGAGGCUUUCAAGAAUGUAAAAAAUGACAAUGACCUUCAAGAAAAUGAGCACGAGAUCGUGGAUUAUAUGAUAUCACGAUUGAAAUCAUGGCUCGGCUUCCAUUCUAAGCCAUCGCCCCAGGUUUCAGAUUUUGAGUAUGAGUACGGAUUCAAGCCCACAUACGUCCCUCCACUUAAAAAGAAAUAUGAAGUACCUUCAACCGCCAUUCUGGACCAAAAACUUGAAGAGUUACUACAUGUUGUUGACAAACAGGUACGUCGUGAUGAUAUGGAGAAUAUACGUAUUGAUCAGUCAGGCGAUGAAUUCAACAAGAAAGCAUUGGUAUUGCUGUUGAGCUGAUAAACGUAAAACUAUCCCAAUCAUUAUUUGUACUCUGCAGCUUUAGCAAAGCUUGUUGACUGUUUUUCUUUUGAGUGUCUUAAUGCUCGCUUGCUGCGUGAUUGUAGUAAAUAUAUAUUUUAGAUAUUUAGUCUAACGUAAAGAUUGAAACUAUCACUAUCAUAUUGUUUUGAGUUAUUGCAUGGAGUAACAUAGAUUUAAAAAAAAACUCCCUUAAAUGUUCACCACAGAACAAAUUACGAAACAUUACUUUAACUAAAAUAUUAGCAUAGGUAUAACACAAUAGAAAACUACUGUAAUACGAAAAAAGUCCUUCAAUGAUGGAGAACUUUAAUUCGCAUUAUGUGCACUGCACUUUAUUAAUAAAAUAUCAUGAUGAAA